UGUAAAGUUCGAGGGAUCUACUUUAACUGCCGACGUGACGAGUGGACUAUGGUCUUGUCUGGGGUCAUUUUCGAUGCUUCGUACUCUCACCAUCUCAGACUCCUCUCUCAGUUUCUCUCCAUCUCCUCCUGAGCUUCCAUCCGUAACAAAGCUAUCAGCCAAGAGAGUGACGUCACAAAGCUAUGAAGGUUUGUUCUCAUCGCUCCCUGGCUUGACAGAUAUCGAUAUAGAUGUCGAUGAUGCAGAGAGAGACAUACCUCAGAUCACGGCUUGUCUGCGUCGGACCGGAGGACAGCAGCUCACACGCAUCGAGCUUACAGCAGUGUCAUCACUCCUAUCAGAGAAGAGCAGUGUAUCGAGAGAGACGAUGAGAGGCUUGGGUCUACUGAUCAGAGAACAAACCAAGAACCUGCAGCGGCUAGAUCUGAGAUGGGUGAAGUGCUCGGACGAAGACUUGGUUGAAAUUGCCGAGUCGUCAACCUUUCUGAAAGCAUUGGAUAGUCUUCAUUUACAGUCUCUUGAUGGUGAAUGUUUCGAAUACGAUCGAGAAUCGGGUUUCCAGGUAAAGAAAUGUCGGCUAUCUACUGAGAUGACUGCCAGAAUGUGGUCCUGUCUCAGAUCCUUCACCUCACUGGACCAUCUCACCAUCUCAGACUCCUCUCUCAGUUUUCCCCCAUCUCCUCCUGAGCUUCUAUCCAUCACAAAGCUGUCAGCUAAGAGAGUGACGUCACAAAGCUAUGAAGGUCUGCUCUCAUCGCUUCCCGGCUUGAUAGAUAUCGAUAUUACUAUCGAUGAUGCAGAGAGAGACAUACCUCAGAUCACGGCUGGUCUUCGUCGGACCGGAGGACAGCAGCUCACACACAUCAACCUUAGAGCACCGCCAUCACUCCCAUCAGAGAAGAACAGAGUAUCGAGAGAGACGAUGAGAGGCUUCGGUCUACUGAUCAGAGAACAAACCAAUAACCUGCAGCGGCUAGAUCUGAGAAGGGUGAAGUGCACAGACGAAGAAGACUUGGUUUACCUCAUCGAGUGCUGCAGACAUGUGAAGACGAUGUCAUGCGUGUGGUAGGUUCUUGUUCAAAUCGUGUAUAAGAUAGAUUAAAAUCCUACUAGAUUAUUCUAUUC